CUGGCCACGUCACCGCCCGGCCGAGAGCGCGCUGGUGGAGCGGCGGCGCCCGGGAGCGCGGAGCUCGGGGGCGCGGGCAGGGGCGCGGGACCCAGAGCCCGGGGCCGGGGACGUGGCAGCCGCCUCGCCCGCCAGAAAGUUUCCCAGGAGUUGGCUGCGCGCGGACCGGACCAUGAACGUGUUCCGUAUCCUCGGCGACCUGAGCCACCUCCUGGCCAUGAUCUUGCUUCUGGGGAAGAUCUGGAGGUCCAAGUGCUGCACGGGUAUCUCCGGGAAGAGCCAGAUCCUUUUCGCUCUCGUCUUCACCACCAGGUACCUUGACCUGUUCACCACCUUCAUCUCCAUCUACAACACAGUAAUGAAGGUGGUUUUUCUCCUCUGUGCCUAUGUCACAGUGUACAUGAUCUAUGGGAAAUUUCGGAAAACGUUUGACAGUGAGAAUGACACCUUCCGCCUGGAGUUUCUUCUGGUCCCAGUCAUUGGCCUCUCCUUUCUUGAGAACUACAGUUUCACUCCCCUGGAGAUCCUCUGGACUUUCUCUAUCUACCUGGAAUCAGUGGCCAUCCUGCCCCAGCUCUUCAUGAUCAGCAAGACAGGAGAGGCUGAGACUAUUACUACUCAUUACCUGUUCUUUCUUGGGCUGUACCGGGCACUCUACCUGGCUAACUGGAUCAGGCGAUACCAGACUGAGAAUUUCUAUGACCAAAUUGCAGUGGUGUCUGGGGUAGUACAAACCAUCUUCUACUGUGACUUCUUCUACUUGUAUGUGACCAAAGUCCUUAAAGGAAAGAAGUUAAGUCUUCCAAUGCCAAUUUGAGGGCCCUCAGAGAUGUUCUACACCUUAACAAGGACAUGAAGCAAACUAUUUGAAGUGUUCUCCUGGGUGACUUGCCAACAACUCAGACCAAAUAUUAAAACUAAAGUCAGAAAAAUCCUUAGUGUGGACUUUAACAAAGCACUGAUCAUUCUAUCCCGAAGCCCUUAUGAUUAUCUCCUUUAAAUUAUAUAGGCAAUUAAACAGCUGGCCAGUCACACAAGUGUGGCACUCUCAUAAUGUCAACUGGACCAUGAAGAAAACCUUAGGAGCUUGGAAGUUCCUGUUGUGGCUCAGCAGGUUAAGAAUCCCACUAGAAUCCGUAAGGAUUCAGGCUGGAUCCUGGCCUUGCUCAGUGGGUUAAGGAUCCAGUGCUGCUGAAGGCUGGAAAAUGGUGUGGCUGUGACUUCAAGUCCAAUUUGACCCCAGCCUGAGAAACUUCUGUAUGCUACACCUUGGUGCUAGACCCAUCAAUGGGUCAAAUAAAUUACUGCACUCAAAGGCCUAGUAUGAGAUUCAUGCUAAGUAACAGCUAAUCUCAAUCUGGAAAUAUGCUCCACCCUGAAUAGAGCAAAAGCCCCAAAUGAAGAUCACAGUCCAAAUAUCUUGAGUGUGCUAAUGUGGUUAACUUUCACUUUCUGGGUAGGAAACCAAGUUUAGGCAGUCAAAAUACAAAGGUGUUAUCAACAGGUGUCAAAUGUUAUGAGGCAUCAAACACCUAGGCUUUACCUACUACUAGGUGUUGUCUUGUUGCUUUGUGACUCAAAAUUCUGCAUUAAAACCAAUCAAUUCACCCCCCUUCCACAUUUUCCAGUGCUAAGGUGUUUGUCAAUCCAAUAUGGUCUUGAAGCAAAUAAAAACUAAGAAACUA